AUGUCUGUUGACAGCAGCAGCCUCAGCGGCAGGACUCGGGCGUAAGAGGCUGGUGGGGCUGGUGCUGCCGGGGGGGGGGGGAGCCCAGCCUGUGGGGCUGGGGCAGGGGGUGGAAGGGGACAGGAAGGAGAGGGGGCCGAGUGGGGCUCUCUUCUCCCCAUUGCUCUCCCUCCCGGGCUGGGCGGUGGGGGAGCGAAGGGAGGUGGGAUCCUGGCGCUGUGAAUAUGGGGCGCUGUGCAAGAGUUCCUCCAGCCUUGUAAAGCCCCCCCCCGCCUUGUAAAGGCCCCCCUUCCCCUCACGGGCUCAGCUCUCCCCCCAGACCUCGCAGAGGCCUUCUGGAGGAGCCUGGAUGCAACCAAGGGGGAGGUAUUUGGCACAGGCCCUUAUUUCUUCCUCUUCCCCGUUUUCCUCCCCACCCUUUUUUAAAAGAAAGCUUUUCUCCCACACAUACACACAACCCCCUCCCCCAGUUUCUAAGCCUAAAGGGAGGUUGUUUAAAAAAGAUACUUAGAAACGCAACGGAAGGCGGAGGAGUUGAGCAACUGAGGAAACUGAAAAGGAGGAAGAACCACCCACCGCCCAAAGGAGACGCUAAGGAGGAAUUUACAGGGUUAAAGCCGAGAUUCUGAACAGGUUUUUUUUGGUGGGGGGUUUAAGCCCCCAUUGACUUACUGCUCAGAAGGUGGGGAGGCAGGUGGGAGUGAAAAUGCACCUCUACAGAGCUGCUGCUCCCUCCCCUCCCCUGAAAAGAAUAAUUUUAUCAGACGGUAAGAUUUUACUGCAAACCUACAACACGUGUUUCCUCAGGAGUUCGUUUCUUGUUUUGUCUCAUUGUAACUCGCAUGCUGCUUUUCUCCCCAACCCUGCACCCCCCAGAAAAACAACUUUAUUGCAAGAAGCUGCCAGUUGGAGCGAAAAUGAAACUUCCCCCACCUGGCCGCUUAACUUUUCUUUCCGUCCCAAACUCUACAGAUGUGAAUCCAGAUGGAGCACUCGGAAGUCAGAGGACAAAUACAGCAGCAAAGGCAGCGGAAGCCUUGGGGAAAGCUGAUCCGCUUGGGGGCUGAGGAAGCCGAGCCUCACCUCUUGUUGCUGAAGAAAGAGUUGACAAUUGGGAGGAAAAAAGGUAUGGUUCCAGAAAUAGUCGUGCAGUGGAUGUGUAGGCUAUAAGAUGGCAGAGAGGUAUGCAGAAGCUGUCUGUUCAAUCCCUUGUUUAUAGUUUUCUACCCAGCCAUAGGGAACCCACAGUUGAGGAUUUUUGUGUGUCUGUGUUGGUAUUCUCUUAGGGUGAGCUGAGAAGGCUUUCUUAGUUUCUUGUUAAUAAUCAACAAUCAACAGACUUACAGCUUUACGUGGAAGGGCCUGUUUUUAUCUUGCUUCCUGUUUCGUACACUAAGCUGUUUUGCUUUUUAUGUUUUUGAAAAUAAGCUAGGACUCCAUGUUUUACUUUCUCAAGAAAACUCCUUUAUGAGUCGAGGAACAUGGGUAAUACAUUUUUUCUAAGUUGACAUAAUACUCAAUUUUUCUGUGAUUCACAGCUGCAAUAUUUGAUUGCUUUUGCAAGACAUCUGCAUUUCAGAAAAUUGUUUUCAUUUCAAUUUUUUUAUAUAAAAAGGUGAAAGAUGCUUACCAUGCAAUCUGAUACAUGUUGCUUUAGAAGUAGGCCCCAUUAGACAUAAUCCCAGGUAAUUGCAUAAAGAAUUGCAGCCUAAGUAGUUGUUAGGCACAUGUUGUACUAAACCCUCCAGCUUGUAUGAGAGAAUAGUAAAUCAUUAUAAGAACUGUCAAAAUUGUUGAUGUGGAUACAAGUUCUGACUUAAUCUUUCCACUUGUGCUCUUUCAUUGAUAUAAUUAAUGAAGCCUUUCUCUGUAAGAUGCUGUUAGGAAAUGUUUCCUUAUUUUAUAAGCUGCUUUCAAUAUAUAUUAUAGAAGAAACAGACAUGAUAUACAAAUGCAAAUACAUGAAAGCAUGAAUACAAAUAUAGAAACUAUGAUCAUGUAUUAAACAUAAAAUCUAGAGUGUUAACUUGUGAACACAUGGCUCCCCCCCCCCCCAAAAAAAUGGUAGUGUGGAAAUUGUAUUUUCCCCCACCAUAGCUACUUUACUUCCCAGCACCCUUAAUAAAACUACUGUACAGUUCUUGGGAUUCUUUGGGGGAAGCCAUGUGCUUUAAAUGUGUGGUGUGCAUGUGACCUUUGCAUGAUGUAUGUUCUCUGAUGGGAAGAUGGCCUUUCAGAGCCUGAUUGAUCACAUAUUUGCUUGGCAUAAGUCCUCAAACAUGUAGUGGGACUUACUUCAUGGUCAAAAGAGUGUUGUGGUACCUUAGAGCCUGAAACAUUUAUUAUAGAAUGAGCUCAGUAGUGACCAGUGAGGUGGCAUGGGUGGAACUCCAUUGCUCUCCUGGCUUCUCAAUAAAAUGGUAAGCUGGCACUUACUGAGACGGAAAAGCAUGGCACUGUGCAUUGCAGCAGAAGCACUGGAUUGGCUUUGCCACACAGCACUGAGCACUCCGUGCCUUGACUCUCCCUUCUCAAUAAUCGCCAGUGGCCUGCUAUGUUAAGGAAGUGGGAACCUCACCUGUGCUGCUUCACUUUCAUGGACUAGCUCAUGCUAUAAUAAAUUUGCUAGCCUUUAAUGUGCCAGAAGACUUUUCAUUGUUUUUGCUGCAACAGACUUACACACUGCUAUCCUUAUGGAAAUUAUUUCAUGAUAAGUACUCUUAUGAUGACAGACUUAGAUAUGUAGGGCUGAAGGUUUUUUUUUGGGGGGGGGGAUGGGGGAUGGGAUGUAGUUAGACUACAGUUCCCAUCAGCCCCAUCCAAUAAGCCAUAGUAUGGAGGGUAUGUGGCUGGAGAAAGCUGUGAUUGGCUAUCCUGGAAUUCUGGUGCUAUAUGAAAAACUUGUCCUGGUUUUGAAAACGGAUGUCACAGAUUUGUGGAGGGUGGGCUAUCAAAUUAUUAUUGUCCGUGAUAGCAAAAUACAAACUUCAUGUGCAGAAACAGUAUAUCCCUGAGGAGCACAAAGUUGUCCCAAUAAAAGGGGAUGGUCAGCCUUCUCAUACCCUGUGUGUGAGCAUCGCAGAAAUUGUGAUGGCCUCAGUAAGGCCAAAUUCUUCCAGAAAUAUCUGCAAAUCUAAUGACACUAUCAUUUUUGUCACAAAGGUUGUGACCUGUCCUUUCCUGGCAACAAACUGGUGUCUGGAGAUCACUGUAAAAUAAGGGUGGAUGAAGAAUCUGGUCAAGUAUCACUGGAGGAUACCAGGUCAGUUUCGCCUGAACCCUUUCUGCUUUCCCUGCCUGGUUCUGUUGAGUAAAAUGUUCUGGUUAAGUGUUCACGCGGGAGUGUCCUGGCUGUCCUUAUUUGACUACAAGGCAAUAUGUUGAUAUUUUCUGCAUCCCGCUUCUCUCUUGGGACCUGUCCAGCUUGCACACUUAAAACCAGAUUUUAUUUUUUUUAUCUGCUUUCCCCAUGGAAACUCUUAAUUUUGUGAGGGUAGUGAUUAUUCCAUCAACAAAUCCUUAAAAUUGUUCACUGAGGUUCCAGUUCCCAAGAUUCCUUGGAUGGUAAUGACUCGAUUGCGCCUUAGGUUGCCUCAAGCUUGAGACCCUGUGGUAUUAAUUCCCGCCCCUUUUGUGAUGCCAGAGCUUUUAACUAUUUCUAGUGUUCUGUUCCAAUAGAAGGGAUUUCCAUAACUGCCCUGAUGUUGAUUUUGUGUGUGUGGGUGUGUGUCUCUCUCUGGUUGCAUACCCUUUCCUGUGUGCACGACUUGUGACAUCGCCUCUCUUUGAAGUAAUCUGUUCAACUAUUUCGACAUCAUCUUGCAAAAAUGAAAACAGGCCAUAAGAGAGUAAGAGGUCUUAUGAGUACAGGCUUUUGUAGCUAGCAAGCUGCCAACAUUAUUACAGCCAAAGUACAAUCUGUUUUGCUGGCAGGACAAUAAAAGAUUUGAUGGAGAGCAUUAGUAAUUGGAACACUUACAGGUAGGGUGGCCCAGAAGAAUUGGGUAUGGAAUAGUCACAGACACAUGUGUAAUCACUCGGAUCUCGAUCCAGCUGAAGCCCAGAUUUACAUGAAUGGGCAUGGGAUCCAGGCUUUGCCCGGAUCUGGUACACAGCCCCUACACUUGUCUUCCCAUCUUAAAGAUCCAUCAGUACCCUUUAGAACAAGGGUGGGAAACCUGUGACCCUCCCAAUGUUGUUUGACCACAGCUCCUGUCACCCCUGACCAUUGGCAGUGUGUUUCUGUUUGUUGCUAAAUGAUUAGCUUUCCAUCACUACUAAAACAGGGUUGGGCAGCCUAAUUAAAGCUACUAUCCCAUACACGUUUGCUUGGGAGGAAGUUUCAUUAAAAGAGCUGGUGUUUACCUCUGAACAAACAUGCAUAGGAUCAAGCUGUAAUGUUAAAAAAAAUAAGCAAGAGAAAUGUUUCCAAAUUUAGCUGAGAUACCUGUUCUGUAUUUCUCUUGCAUCUUCCCUCACCCCCAAUUCUCUGUUUAGGAAGCAGCUUUAAUUUGCAUUUUUACUGCAGAAAGUCAACAGUUUGCUAAAUGCUUUUUGUAAAAAAAAAAAAAAGUACUAGGAUUAUUUUGCACAUGAAUUGGGAGUCUUAUGUUUGGGGGAAGGGGAUGCAAUUUCUUUUAGAAGGCCCAUAAAAUUAGCAUUGGGAGCCUUAUGCAAAAGCAGUGAACCUUUUUGCAGUUUCCCAGUUUGGAGAAAAGGUUUCCUGCUUUCUGGAUCAAAAAGGCUAGCAAAUGGUUUUCCUCACUUGGCAACUCCCUCCCCCCACUUUCCCCUUAAUCAGCAACUGUAAAUGAACAGGGUCUCUCUUGUCUUGCAAAGUUGCUUGCCCUUCUUCACACCCCAGUGAAAAAUCCAGUUUGCAUCUUGUUAAAUUGCGCAUUGAGUAAAAAGUGUGUUAACUCUGGUGUUUCCCAAUUCUUGGUAUCAGACUCUCUGGGACCCCAGGGGGAUGAGGCAAGCGGGCUUUUUUUGAGAUCAAAGCUCUGGAAGAGGAGGGAGCAGAGCAAGGGUGGGGGUUUUUGUUCGGUAAUUAUAUUAUCCUCUUUAAAAUGCCGUCCCAUAUUUUCCCCAGACUUUAAUUUGGAUUUACAGUUUCUAUUUGUCAGGUUUCUUGCAUAAAUCUAUAUUAAAUGGGGAUGGAUGGCAUUUUGAUGAGGAAGAUAACAUGUGGAUGCUGUUGGGGGGCGAAAUUUUAUUCGUGAGGUUCCCUCUGUCUCCCCCUUGCUGUUUAGGGUCAGCUCUUCUUACCCAAUUCUAGCACUUUCCCUUCAGUGUCUUGUAAAUACAGGCUUUGUCCACCCGAUGGCAGCAACGGCCGUUUGUGUUUCUUAAAUAGGCUUUAUCAUCCAGACUUUGAUAUUAAUCACUGUGUGCAAGAGCUGCUGCUGCUGUUCUGAGGACGACCUCCUGCCCUUCUUCCCCAAAGAGCCUGGGCGAUAGAACAUUACAAUUUAAACUAAGGUUAAAACAUUUAAAAUCAAUUUAAACAUUAAAAACAUCUAAAUCGUAUAAAACUGUCGCUCUUGCAGUUUAAUAAUUGUCCAGGCUGCCAGGAACAGUUAUCUUUCAACCAUCAAAAUAUCUGGGUGAAUAGGAAUGUUACAAAAUUCCCGCCAAAAGUUAAUUGUGACCUGUCAAGUAAAAAAAUAAAAUAGUAAUCAUAUUAGUUGACUACAGCUAGGGUGACCAGUUUAGGCAUAGCUAAAUAAGAGGAGACACACUGUUAAAAAAAAAAAGGGGGGGACUAAAGAGGACACAGAUUUACAUAUGCUGACUUAUACUGUGUAGGUGCCAAAUUAGGUGCAGUAGUUUAUUUUUUUAAUUUUAUUUAUGCUUUUCAGGUUUAUACAUUUCAAUAAUUUUACAAUCAUUUUCAAAACUUGACUUCCUUCCCCCUCUUUCUGCAGUUCCUUAAAUUUAUUUUUAAUAUCUUCUACAUAUCCAAAUUAACUUAAUUUGUUCAUUUAUUCAUUUUCUUUAAAUAUAUAUUCUUAUGAAAGUGCAGGUUAUUACAAUAAUCCUGCCAAUGUUCUUAUCUUUUUACAAUUUAUUUGUAAAUAUUCAAUAAACCAUUUCCAUUCUUUUAUAAAAAGUUUAUCUUGAUUUCUUAUUUUUCCAGUAAGUUUUGCAAUUUCUGCAUGUUCCAUAAGUUUUUGUAUCCAUUCUUCCUUGCUUCUUUUCAUUUUUGGGCAAGUAACAUUCUUGCCGCUGUAGUAGCAUACAUGAAUAAGUUUCUGUACAGUUUAGAUAGUUCUGUCCCUAUAAUAUUUUUUUACAAACGCUAUUUUAAGCAUCCUUUUCAAUUCGUUAUAUAUCAUUUCCCAGAAUAUGAUAUAACAAUCGCAGUAGUUUAAAUAAAGUACAUCUUGCCAUAGUGGGGAGGAUUGUGACCAGGUGAGCCCUGUGCGUGCUUCGUCCUCUGUCUGAAUGCUAGCUCUGACUAAGCUGGUUUAAAUGAGAUUCCUCAGAAGGUGGUGGGCUCUUCCCCACUGGAGGUAUUUAAGCAGAGGCUUGGAUAACUAUCUGGGAAGUUGUCGUUGCAAGAUUCCUGCAAUGAGUAGCAGGGUUGGACUACAUGACCCUCAGAGUUCCUUUCAGGUUUCUGGUUAGCCACUUAUGUAGACCUCCUCUCUCUUGCCCACCCCACUCCUAAUCCCUUGUUACUCACCAGAAGGCCUUGUUUGUAUUUUAUAGUACUAAUGGAACGGUUAUUAACAAACAGAAGGUGGUGAAGAAGCAGACAUACCCGUUACAGACUGGAGAUGUGAUCUAUGUUAUUUACAGGAAAAAUGAGCCAGAAAACAGUAAGGGGAUUUUGCUGCUGCUUCUUUUUUUAAUGGGCUUCUUUGGCGCAGGGGCUGAUGGGUGGGAGAUCACUGGGUUAGAGCAAGAAGAGGGAACCUGUGCCGACACCACCCUCUGACGUUGCCAGCUUACAAUUCCCGGCACCCCUGACCAUUGCCCCUGCUGGCUGGGGCUGAUGGGAGUUGGAGUCCAACAUAAUCUGGAGGGCCACGAGUUCCUCACCCCUGGGUUAGUGUGUGUGCGCAUGUGCGCAGAAACGAAGGAAAAAAACAUUUGGCAUUUCUCCAAGUGAAGCUUAUAUGGGAUACACUCUUGUCCCGGGCCAAAAGCCUAGCCAUUAAAGAAAGCUGUGGGCCACAUGGCCAAAAACGUGAGGGUUGUCUUGCCAUCCUCACCACAACCAGGUAGAUGAGGCAGUGUGUGUGUGUGUGUGUGUGUGUGUGUGUGUGUGUAAAAAUAGCCUAAGGUCAUGGAGUGAGCUUCAUGGCUGAGCAGGGAUUUGCACCUGGGCCUACCCACUCUUAUGCCAGUGCUCUCACCACUAGAACACACUGGCUUUUGAUAGAUUCCAGCAUUAAGGAUAAGUGAAGCACAGAGCUGCUGCAAUGGCGCUGGUUGGGAGGAAGCAGGGAAACGGGGGUAGCAGACUGCCUCCUGCCUCAGAAAUGGUGCACUUUGGAAAUGGAAGAGGGAGUGUCAGGGAGGCGUCUGAACCUCCCCAGGUAGUUGUCUUUAGGGAGACCCAUCUUUGUUUGAAAAAUUCAGGACAGGAAAAAAGGAAGCAUUUCUUCAUACAACCUGUAAUUAAACUAGGGAACUCUCACAGGAAGUAGUGAUGGCCACCCACUUUGAUGGCUUUAAAUGGUGCAUUACACAAAUUUGUGGAGGAUAAAGCUCUCAGUGGCUACUACCCAUGAUGAUUAUGUUCUACCUUAGCUGCCGGACACAGUUUGCCUUUGAAUGCCAGUUGCUGGCAAUCGCAAGCGGCAAGAGUGCUAUUACACUCAAGUCCUUUUUGUGGGCUUCCCAUAGGCAUCUGGUUUAAGAACAGGAUGCUGGACCAGAUGGGCCAUUGGCCUUUUCCAGGUAGCUCAACUUAUCUUCUUACCUGUUGGGAACCAUUGGCCUUACCGAUUUUCUCUCUCUUCAGAUGUUGCAUAUCUUUAUGAAUCCUUGAAUCCAAAACAGGACCCAGCUAAUGAGCCAGUAGGUAAGUAAAAGCGAUUAGCUCAAUGCCAGUGGAGGCAGGGGAGAAUGAGCAGUGAAGAUUAGCUGCAUCCCUUUUAAAGCUGCCGGGCUCUGCAGAAUCCUGUUAACAGAGAUUUCUCUAAGCCUCUUGAGCUGUUGAGGCAGCACCAGAGAACGUUCCCCCUUGCUCCCUUCCCCUCUGCAGAAGCCACUGUCAAAAGCAUGUGCCAUAUGACCAAAGAUACCUCAAGUACCAGACAAAGCGAAGAUGGGACCUCAGCGGCAUUGCCACCGUCGGCUAACCAGGCUAGCUAUGACGAACCACAGCCAUCCACUUCCACGUCGAACCUCUUUAAUGCUGCUUCUACCUCUCUCGCUGAGGCCAUAUCCACGGAGCAGGAUAAUCCUUCAACAUCUGGUAAAGUCUCAAUUCGCUUGGCCCCAUGUGUCUAAUGAUCAUUUCACGUUGGCCUUCCUGCUGAAGCCUAAGCUGUUCAAAAAUUGGGGGUGGAAAUCCAGAAUAGUCUUUGGAGAAGGAGGAGGAGUGCCAUUUUUCAGGUUUUCUGUAUACCCCAAGACCAGGGGUAGGCAACCUGUGGCCCAUGGGACAGUUUAACUGGCCCACGAGCCACCCCCGAACCGAGCCGCCCACUUGGCGAGUCCCCGCCCGCUGUGCUAAACUGGCGCAGUGCGGCGGCGGAAAUUGCGUCUGCGCACGCGCAGGUGGUCCAGCCCACAGAGCGAUCUCCAUGGGACUUGACUGGCCCAGGCAGGUAAAACCUUGCCAACCCUUGCCCAAGACCAAGCAAGUACAUCUAUUAUAAUAGGAGGCGGUUCUACCCCUCUAUAUUGGCCGAACGAGAAAUACCGUAGCUGCCGUUGCUUGCCUUGUGUACAAGAAUGCUUUGCAUUCAAUCAGUCAGCAACGCUUUCUGCUGAUGUGCUGCACUUCCCUUUCUUUCUUUUUCUUCUUUUGGGGGCAGGGUCGCAACCGUACGCCUUUAUUCCUGCACCUUGCCUGCCUGGCUUAGAACCAUGUGGUCCAGAAGCAUCACUUAAACACAAGCAGCCAAAUGUAAAUACUGAAACUUCUGACACUUCUUCAGGGGAUAAAGAGAAAACCGUGUCGGCUAUGCCCAAGUUGAAAAGCAGGGAUGAAGAGGAAGCCCUGGAGCCUGCCAGGAAGAAAAUAAAAGCAGGUUAAUAAAUAACUGUUACUUCUUCUUUUUUUAAGAGGUCUGUGGUCCAAGAUCUGGCUGGUUUCCCAUCCUAGUAACUUUGGGCACUCCUUACUGUCCCUUACCUCCCCACAACUUGCCAUGCAAUUUAUCUUCCCUUCCCUGAAACCCCUUCCUGGUGUAACUUCUGCAACCCAGCUGAAAGGUGCCACUGUUUCCCCAGCCUAGCCUGGGAAGAUCCCUUGCCCUUCAAAAUGGGCAGGGAAGGCUCGGGCAGCGUCUUGUUUGUUGAGCAACAAUGUCUUGGGUUCCACUGUGUGUGCCAGCGCUGUGAUGUGUGUUUCCCUCCUGCCCCUUGCAGGCGGCGAUGCCAGCACGUAUCUCCAGGUGAUUCCUCCAAACGUAUGUGCAAUUAAAACGGGGACCGAAGACACGAAGUCACCAAAUGUGAAGCCAGACAAAAUGGAAGAAACACUCACCUGCAUCAUCUGCCAGGAGCUGCUGCAUGACUGUGUCAGGUAAGGGUGUCUGUGGGCCUGACCAGAAGUAAUGGCAGUAGGCCAAUGUCUUUGAAUCAGUUCACCGCUGAGUUCCUGUAUAGAGUAUGCAUGUGGCGGGGGAUUGAAAACUCAUUGGGGCAGGUGAGAAGGGGAAAUGGUGGGGAACUGUUCCCCCCCUGCGCACACUUGCUCCCCCCCCGAGCUGUUUUUCUCCCAGUGAGAAAAUGUUUGCUGGUGGGAGAGCGAGCGCUGAGAAGCACACACACACACAGGCAAUCACAAUGGAACUUGGUAUACUCCAGGAUGGAUUGAGUUCUCUUGCUUCCAAUCACCAUGGUCCGCAACUACGUUACCUACCCUUUAAGAGCACGGAGCCCAAUAUUUGGUGGGUUGGUUCAAUUUGUUGUGUGAGAUUCAUUCCCUCCCCCCCCCCCCACGUUGCUGUUCGGCUCUUGUUACCCCUUUAGGGUUGCCAGGUCACGUUGCUGUGGCGACUGUAGAAUUCACAGUGGACAGAACUCACUUUGCUGGGGGGGUCUAGAUCUAGCAGUUGUUUGUCCCCUUGGGCUUCCUUCCUACCAAUAACACACACCCCUUGUUCCUGUUUCUGGGCCCUGUCUCUUGUUUUGCCCCACCCCCUACUUUGUGCUUGGCUCCUCCCUUCUUUUAACUCCGUGAUUCCAACAUCCGGUUGUUGCCUUGAGUUCCUCCUCUCCCCACAUCCCAUUUCCUUUCACCGCCCAGUCUUCUGAUCGGCCUCCCUAGCUCUCCUCUCUUCUCUUCCUGCUCUCCUGCCCCUGAAAGUGCAGCCAGCCCCUCUUGGCUCCUUCAGAACACCUUCUCCACAUCCAUGCCUUGUUGCAUCAGUUCCGCAAGCCAAUGAGCAUUCCCAGCCACCAUACCUGCUCAGCCAAGCAUAUUCCAUGGUUCUCCAACCUGCCCUGAGAGCAAUGCAGCAGAGCUGUCUGUUUCAGCACCAAACAGAAGGUUGAGGAUGGGGAGAGAGACGCCUCCAGCAGCAGAGCGCAGAGAGGCAAGACUGAGUAGGAUCCAACUCCUCUAACCCAUGCACGUCAUACAUUUAAAGCAGUCUUAUGUCUUAUUAGUCACGGGGAAUUCUUGGAACUGAGGUUUGUUACGGGUGCUCUGUGAAGGCAGCAGCUUUGACAAACUACAAUUCCCGGGAUUCUUUGAGGGAAGCCGUGGCUAUUGAAGUGGCAGAGGGGUCUUUAAAUGUGUGGUGUGGAUGUGGCCAAAGCUGUUGCUGAUUUCAGGAUAGUUGAACUGAUUCCUUUUUCCAUACGUGUUGAAAUGCAUUUGGAGCCGACAUAAAAGCCCAGAACCUUUGCUGCCAUUUGAUUAUGUGAAUAAAAGGCAUGGGAUAUUGUUAUGCAUUUUGAAGAAUGUCAUGCAAACACAGAUUAAAAUUGCAGCACUGCGAAAUCGGUGAACACACAGCCAGCAGGAGUAUAAACACAGCCUGAGAUGCGGCAUUUCUGAUCCAGCAGACAAUGGUUUGGUGUGCUGGGAGGAAGCCUUGCAUUUGCUUACUUACUCCUGCCUGCACAUUAUCAGCUUAAUGAAUCAUUUUCUAGUUUGGUCAAACCACAGUUUGAUGACUUGAGGGAACACUCUGGAGCAGGGUUACAAAGUAAGAGGCUUGUUCCUAAGCCCUACAAACCAUGGUUUGCAUAGAAUGAGGAACAUCACAUUUGAUUGUAGGCACAUUCUCCUCCUCCACCUCUCUAAAUCAAGGUUUCCCCUUUUGUCUCCAGCUUGCAGCCCUGCAUGCACACUUUCUGUGCCGCGUGUUACUCAGGAUGGAUGGAACGCUCCUCUCUCUGUCCAACCUGCCGCUGUCCGGUGGAACGUAUCUGUAAAAACCAUAUUUUGAACAAUUUGGUGGAAGCUUACCUCAUCCAGCACCCAGGCAAGUGGAAAACCGUCCGCAGAUAUUUGUUGUUGAUGCUGAUGAUAGAUUUACGUGGCUCUUUAGAGGGAGGGGCGGGGGGACAAGUUCCUGCCCAAAGGAGCUCGCAAUCUAAAAAUUGGUCACACCAGAGACAACAGUUGGAGGUGGGGGCAAACACUAUAGUGCUGUAAUCAAGUGCAGGCUAACAAGAUGAGCUGCAUUCAUUCGGAAAUAGUGAGUCGACUCCACUUGCGCACAGUGAAUUUAUUCAGUCAUUUGGUAGCUGAGGGUACCAAACACAUCAAGUGGCUUCCAAGAACACGUUUGGCUAGCCCCACCCCCAGACACUGACGUGCAUGCAAACCAUUCCCCUUGGCUGACACAAUUGGCAUCAAUCUCUGCCCAUGUGGAUAUAUUCAAAUAGGGCUCCCUUCUCUAGAAAUUGCAUCUCCAUGAAUCGAGCCCUUCCCAAGUGCACAGGCACACACGGGUGAGCCUGUUGCAAUUUGUGCAUUGGCUAGAUGGGUAUGUGGAUUGGUGGUAGAAUGUGAGUCAAAAUCUGGAAUGCAGGGCCAGCCAGGCGCAUUCUCCAAAAUCCCUUCCAUGCAUUCAGUACCCACCCAUACCAAAUGACUGAACAGGGCUUGCACAUGCCUGUGCCUCUGUUCCUAUGUAAGGGGCAGGUGGUGCAUGUACUAGUCUUGCAGCCUGAUCCAGUAUGCCUAGUGCUAGGCUUUGCAUGCACCAGCUCAAGUGCUGCAGCUUUUUUAACAUUGAAAUAUUACCAAAGGGAGGUGUGGGGCACAGGACUAAUCAUAUAAUGUAGGUAACAAAGACUCUCCAGAUCAGUGGCUGGGCCAUUUCUUUGGGUUGUCGUCUUGUGGAGUGGUUGGGUGCAGGGAAACCAAAGAAGGAUGUCAAAAAUGGCAGAGGGAUAAGUUCUAGUGCUUUCUUAAAGGUGUAGACUCACAUCAAAUCAGCCUUCCAGGUCUCCCAGGCUUUACAGAUGUGGGACUGCAGAAAGGAGAUGGCUUGUCCACUCUCAAGCAAGCAUUUAUACAUCCUUUAUACACAAAGCAGCACACAUCAGUUUGGCCAGUAUCUCCCAUCAAUCCACCUGACCCUUAGAGCAGGGGUCAGCAAACUUUUUCAGCAGUCUACUGUCCCUCAGACCUUAUGGGGGGCCAGACUAUAGUUUGAAAAAAAAUAAUAAUGAUGAAUGAAUUCUGAUGCCCCACAAAUAACCCAGAGAUGUAUUUUAAAUAAAAGGACACAUUCUAGUCAUGUAAAAACACACUGAUUCCCGGACCGUCCGUGGGCCGGAUUUAGAAGGUGAUUGGGCUGGAUCCGGCUCCCGGGCCUUAGUUUGCCUACCCAUGUCUUAGAGGUUGUAGGUCAGGGGUCACCAACCUACGGCCUGGGGGCCGGAUAAGGCCCAAGGGACUCGUUUAUCCAGCCUGCGGUAACCCCCGCUGCUGCCCACUCUUAACGGUGCGGUGCAGGGACCCACUUCCAGGUCAGAGGAUACACUCUUUCCGGUGCACAUCCGUGUCGGAGGAGGCCCAUGCACAUGCGCACAAGCUAUUUCUGGUGCUACUCUGACCCAGAAGUGCGCCGGAAAUAGCAUGUGCACGUGUGUACGGGCACACGCUCCCCCGCCCUCCGUCCCGCCGCGCAAUCGUCGCUGGAGACACCAGCCCGAAGCAAGGAAAGCUUGGAGACCCCUCCUGUAGGUGGCAACUAUCCAAGACUUACUGAUAGUUCUGCUUUCUGGGCUCAGAGCCCAGCACCCCAAGUCCACAAAUAAGGAUAACAUCAAAGCAAGUUAAUUAGCUUAUAUCAAAGCAAGUGAAUAUAAACAUACACAAGUUCAUUGUUACAACCGCCAAUUAAUUGUGGGGUUAUCUUGACUACCAAGAAAGCAUUUGCAGAGCUUCCAGAACAGUUCGCCUUUGGUUCAACGCACGUCUCCACCCUCAGCCAGUUCCUGAUUCUAAAUGCAUCUGUUUCUGCUACCCCUGGAGAGAAAAGACUGCAAUCUGGGCUAGGUUAUCAGUUUCCAGCCAGGCACCAGAAAACUGCAGAUUGAAGAGUGGCUGGUAUCUUUAUCAUCAGCCAACCCUAUUAUCCUGUGAACCACCCUGAGAUCUUGUGAUGGUGGAUGGGGUAUAAUAAUAAUAAUAAUUAAUAAUUUGUUAUUUAUACUCCACCCAUCUGGCUGAGUUUUCCCCAGCCACUCUGGGCAGCUCCCAAUUGAGUGUUUAAAAAAUACAGCAUUAAAUAUUAAAAACUUCCCUAAACAGGGAAAUCUGAUAAAUCAUAAUACCAAUAAUCCAUUCAUAGCUCCUUCUGCCCUUUAGAGUGGAGACAGGAUACCUAAUAGACUCCAAUUCCCAUCAGCUUCACCUAGCUGGAGUCCAACAGUAUCUGAAGGGCCCAGAGGUUCUACAUCUCUGGUUCAAAGGGAGAAGCUGGAAACCUGGGCUGUGAUACUAACUGCCAGUGACCAUAAAACAAUGCCAUACUUGUCUCUCACUUUCGUAACUAUUUAUGAGCCAGUGUGGUGUGGUGGACUCGUAAUCUGGUGAACCGGGUUUGCGUUCCCGCUCCUCCACAUGCAGCUGCUGGGUGACCUUGGGCUAGUUACACUUCUCUGAAGUCUUUCAGCCUCACUCACCUCACAGAGUGUUUGUUGUAGGGGAGGAAGGGAAAGGAGAUUGUUAGCUGCUUUGAAACUCCUUAGGGUAGUGAUAAAGUGGGAUAUCAAAUCCAAACUCUUCUUCUUCUGUGCGUUUGAACAGAAAGCCACUUUUAAGAGCCAGCAUAGAAGACUUCCUGGAUUCCUUGUAAGUUCUGUGACUCUGAAAUGAUCAUGGAUGCAUUUUUGAAUGGGAGCCUGUGUAGCUUAGAACCAGCUCCUGGUCAAAAGGCUAGUCGAGUUUCCUCUGUUUGUAGAUAAGUGUCGCAAUGAAGAAGAUGUGCGAAGCAUGGAUGCCCGGAACAAAAUCACUCAAGACAUGCUUCAGCCAAAGGUGCGGAGGUCCUUUUCAGAUGAAGAAGGAAGUUCUGAAGAUCUGCUGGAGCUGUCUGACGUCGAUAGCGAAUCCUCUGAUAUUAGGUGAGUGUGGUUGUGGCAAUAGGAUUGAUUUUGUGGGACUUGCAGCCUUGCUACCAGGACGACAUUUUGAAUCUGGCCUUUGAGACGCUUCUCAGGGCAUGGUGACUCCUUCAGUGCCUUUGCUUGCCUAUAAUUUGCCCUUGAAUUGUGAUAUCGAUUGUUUGCCUUGACAGAGGAAACUGUGUGUGCGCGUACACACACAAGUUUUUUUUUUAUUGUAGCAUGGUUGGACUGUACUAAGGUAAGAAUUGCAUCAUUGGCCUGCUGGUUUUGGGGAAGCUUACACGGAGGACAUGAAGGUAGUAUUCUUCUCUCACUACUGUUGCCCAUAAUGGAUGUUCAGGGGCAUGUUGGCUUCUCAUCCUGGGCAUUAUAUCAUAGAAUUGUAGAGUUGGAAGGGACCACAAGGGUCAUCUAGUACAACCCUCUGCAACGCAGGAAUCUUCUGCCCAACAUGACACUUGAAGGAGGCCAGUGAUGUAAAAAAAUCCUCUCUUUGGGCUUGUUGCUGCUGCAGGAGCUACUCAGUCUUCUGCUCUUGAAAGGGUCCACAAAAGCCAUGAAAGAAAUCUCUCUCACAUGCCCGCAUCUCACCUGUGUGCUGCCUAUUAAAGAGUGCCAGGAUUACCUGAUGUUUUCAUCCCAGUUAGACAAUCAGGGCCAUGCCCCUCUUAAACUUGAGCCUCUUAUGAUCUUUCGCUGUCCUGUAGUUCAGCUUUGCUGUCUUCAUGCCCUGCUUGAGUUUCUCAGAAGCCACGGUUGCAAACAAGAUGUGGGAAUUCCUGGACCAGUCCAAUGGGGGCUCUUGAAUCUGAUUGAAUUCACUUUGGCUUUCACACGAGUUCCAAUAACCUACCUGCACCCGUCUUUUCAGUCAGCCAUACAUUGUGUGCCGACAGUGUCCGGGGUACCGUCGGCAACCCGUUACGGCCAUUGCCUCCCCGGGCCAGGAAGGAGAAACGGAAGCCCGGCAGCCCUUGGGGGAUGCACCAUCUACCUCUGCCAACUUUCCAACAGGUCAGUGUCGUGAAAGAAUGCAGUCAGUGGGUGGCAACGCGAGGCCUUUGUGCUGUGUCUUGCCUGGCAAGUUCUUUGUUCCCGCUCCCCAAUAGGUUUCCUCUUCCUUCCUUCCCCAUUAUUACCCCAUUGUGAUGGGGCAACACUAUCAAUGGGCUCUCACCCCAGGCCAGAUAGGAUGUAAUCGCCUGUUGACUUGUUCCCCAUGGAAAAGUGUAUAUAGCCGGAGUGUCAUGUUUGAGCAUCUUGGCAUUCUUUGCUGAGGGUGUUAUAUUGAUUUGUUGGGCUGAAAUAACGACAGACAAGUAGCAAGUGUCAUGUGAGAGGCAUCUCUCGAGCAAGCCCCGAGGAGUCUUUUAUUGAAUAUUACAACAUUGCCACAACAUUGCUGAUUGGUUGACACAAAUACAAAGCAACUUGUUGCUGAUUGGUUAGCACAAGUACAAAGCAAAGGUUACAUAUAGGCAUUAAUCACCAAUAGAUUAAAGGCUGGGAAAGGGAGCACAGAACUAGACAGGCAUGAAACCUCCUAAUUAAAUUAUAACUAGUGAUUGAUAUAGCAAGACUAAAACAAUCACUAAUGAUUGAUCAUAACAUGAAAGAAUAUAAUAAUCACGUUCCGUAGAUGGGGUCAACUAUGCAUUAAGAACAGGUCAGAGUAUAAUGUUUUCAUGAACUUAAUAUGAACUGAACAUCCUAGGGAGAUGAGGGAAUGUCUUGGUAUUUAGAACGGGUUGUGCAGCAUGUGCAGAAGGAAAGCUUAGAAGCAAGACUUCCCAUCAUGCCACAGUCAUGUGCAGAAGCAGAGCUUCCCUUCAUUGAUUUUUCAUAGGUCUACCUUUCAAGCACACAGCUGGAUCAGUCUACAGGGAAGGGCCAUGACUCGGUCCCAGGUUCAGUCCCCAGCAACUCUAGAACCAACUGGGAGGGAUUCCUCCCAAUCCUGGGUUGCUGCUGGGACUCAGCAUAGACAGUACUGAGCUAGAUGGACUAAUGAAUUUAUAUUAAUUGAUAAUUAUAUAUUAGUAACUUUAUAUUACCCUAACUUUGUAUUUUUGUAAUAUUUUGUUUAAGCUGACUGUUUUUGCUUCAGCUUUUUGUACACGGCUUAGAGAUAUUUUUAAAAUAUUAAGCGAGAUAGAAAUUAAACAAUCACAAUCAAAUAAUCUGCAACAAGCAGGGCUUUUUGAUGCAGAAAGGGUUCGCUAAAAGUCUGACUUACCUUGGAUUGGGUGGCCCCUGGUCCUGAUCCUGACCAUUGAGAUUCUAUGAAGCUCACUGUCCAUGCCCUGUUUUUAUUCCAACUCUUUCCGUGUCUCCCUGUCGUUUUCUCCCAACCUAGCUGUCCAGGAGUAUGUGUGUCCUUCUCAAGGAAGCCACGUGAUAUGCACUUGCUGUUUCCAGCCGAUGCCGGACCGCAGAGCGGAGCGUGAACAGAAUCCGCAUAUCGCCCCCCAGCAAUGUGAGCUAGUAGUCGGUUGCCUACUCUGUUAGGCAUUUUUGCUGUUUGUUCCAAACUGCUGUCUUUUGGAUGAUUUUGCCAUGGAGGCGUGAGGGCAGAGUUAAGCCAGCAAAGGGUUGGGAAGUAUUCUGUUUUUUAAAAAAGUAUUAAUGACGAUGUGUACGUUUGCAACAGGACAGUCUAUAUCAGGCAUCCCCAACAUGCAGCCCUCCAGAUGUUUUGGCCUACAACUCCCAUGAUCCUUAACAGGACCAGUGGUCAGGGAUGAUGGGAAUUGUAGUCUAAAACAUCUGGAGGGCUUAAGGUUGGGGAUGCCUGGUCUCUAUGUUUAAAUAGAUAUCACCACCCAAUUCCUUCUCCUCGCAUGGCAGUGCGUGAAUUCCUUUGGGAUUCAAAUAGUGGGUGGCUGCUACUUGUGGAUAAAUUUAUGUAAAGGGAGCUGGGGGAGUGUGCAGUAUGAAGAACUGAAGAGGGAGUGUAAGCCCUUCCUUUUUCACCAGUGGGGUGAAUGCAGUUUUGCCUUUUCUUCCCGCUGUAGGAAGAGCACUGCAGAGCACCACUUCCCCAUCAUUAAGGGAGUUACUCCUCCCUUUGUUUCUGGUCCUCUGCCUCCCCUCUUUCCGCUUCCAGUUAUUCUACUUGGCUGAUCAGGAAGUGAUGUCACUGGUUGUGUUAUAUUCAGUAUAUCAGUGUAUCAUUUAGGUUUGGUUGGAGUAAAAGAAAUUAAAAGAUAUGAUGCACCAACAAAAGAAAACAGGUGAAGGGGUAACACCAGCAGAUAGGAGAGGUUCAAAACAAGAGUCGGACUUUAAGGGAGAAAUAUUGAAAAUGUUUGCAGAAAUUAAAAAUGAUAUAAAGCAGAGUGAAAAAAAUAUAGAAGCCAAAUUAGAACAAAUGGAUACAAAGAUUGGGAAAAUGGAUAAAAAAAUAUAUGAAACAGUAAAUGAACUUAAGGGACAAUUAAAGGACGUGACUAAGAGGACACAGAAAUUGGAACAGGGGAUGAAAUGGACAAAACAGGAAGUGAAGGAAGUGAAGCAAGAAGAAGAGAAAAUGAAGGUGGAAAUAUCGGAAAUUAACAAAACACAAGUAGAAGUGUUGGAUGCGAUUGCUAUGAGUGAACUGAAGCAGCGGGUGACUAAUUUAAGGUUGAGAGCCGUGCCAGAGGUGCAAGGUGAAAAUAUUAAAGAGAAAUUGACAGCAGAGAUAGCACGAUGGUUAGAGCUUCAGCCGGAGGAGGUAGCUAAAACAGUUCAAAAUGCAUUCAGAGUGAAGACAAGAUCCGGCUCUGGAUCCAUUCCAGUCCGGCUUCCGCGCUGGUCAUGGGACCGAGACAGCUCUGGUCGCCCUAACAGAUGAUCGCCGCAGGCAGCUGGAUCGAAGCGGGUCAGGGCUGCUGAUUCUUCUAGACCUGUCAGCAGCUUUCGACAUGGUCGAUCACGAACUCCUGGACCACCGCCUUGCCGACGUGGGGAUCCAGGGCACAGUCCUUCAAUGGCUGCGCUCGUUUCUCUCUGGUCGGAGACAGAGGGUGGCGCUUGGGGGGGAAUUGUCAUCCCGCCACUCCUUGGUGUGUGGAGUGCCCCGGGUGCGAUACUCUCCCCGAUGCUUUUUAACAUCUUUAUGCGCCCCCUCGCCCAGCUUGUCUGGAGUUUUGGGCUGGGCUGCCAUCAGUAUGCCGAUGACACCCAACUCUAUCUGUUGAUGGAUGGCCAUCCUGAUUCGGCCCCAGACACACUGAUCAGAUGCUUGGAAGCUGUGGCUGGAUGGUUACGUGGGAGCCGGUUGAAGUUAAAUCCUUCGAAGACAGAGGUCCUCUGGCUGGGACGGGACGAUAUGGGAUUGAGGGUGCAUCUCCCAUCUCUUGCGGGGGUGCAAUUAGUGCCAGCACCGUCCGUUAAGAGUUUGGGUGUAAUCUUCGAUACCUCCCUCUCCAUGGAGGCGCAGAUUGCAGCUAUAACAAAGGCGGCAUUUUUUCAUCUCCGCCAAGCUAAGCAGUUGGCUCCUUACCUCUCUCGCCCUGACCUAGCCACUGUGAUCCACGCGACGGUCACCUCCAGACUGGAUUAUUGUAACUCGCUCUACGUGGGGCUGCCCUUGAGACUGACCCAGAAAUUCCAGCGGGUACAGAAUGCCGCAGUGAGACUCCUUACGGGAUCUUUGCUGCGAGAUCACAUUCAUCCGGUGCUAUACCAGCUGCACUGGCUCCCGGUGGAGUACAGGAUCAGGUUUAAGGUGCUGGUUUUAAAGCCCUAUACGGCCUAGGACCCUCGUACCUACAGGACCACCUCUCCUGGUAUGCCCCACAGAGGAACUUACGGUCUUCAAAUAAAAACAUCUUGAAGGUCCCAGGCCACAGAGAGGUUAGGCUGGCCUCAACUAGAGCCAGGGCUUUUUCGGCUGCGGCUCCAACCUGGUGGAACGCUCUGUCACAAGAGACAAGGGUCCUGCAGGACUUGACAUCUUUCCGCAGGGCCUGCAAGACAGAGCUGUUCCACCAGGCCUUUGGUCAGGGUGCAGCCUGACUCCCUCCUUUGGCAAUCUUUACAAAACUUUAGUUUAUGGUUGCCAUCAAUUUUGAUUUUAAUCAAUUUUUAUAAUGUUUUUAUAAUGUUGCACUAUUUUAGUGUUGUUAGCCGCCCUGAGCCUGGCUUCGGCUGGGGAGGGCGGGAUAUAAAUAAAAUUUAUUAUUAUUAUUAUUAUUAUUAUUAACUAAGACAUGGAAAUUCCCAGGAGAUUGCUUGAUUACAUUUAAGGACAGAGAAAUGAGAAACAUGAUUUUACAGAAGAACAGAGAAAAAAGAUUUAACUUUGAUGGGAAUUAUAUAAUUAUCUUUAAAGAUGUUCCGAUAAGGCUGUUGAAAUGAAGAGACCCAUAUAAACCACUGGUGCAGAUCUUGAAGAAGAAUAAGAUAGAAUUCAGGUGGGAGUUUCCGGAGGGGAUCUCGUUUUUCUACAAAAGUAAAAAACACAAACAUACAAGCCCAGAGGAAGCUAGCAAGUUUCUGAGGAGCUAUAAAGAAUUAAGACCAGAGGAAGAACCAAGAGGAGCAGCAAUGGGAGCAGGAGCCGUGGGGGAAGGUGGAUCGGGAGACGGAGAAGAAGAGGACGGAAGAAAUGCAGAAGAAGAAGAAGAAGUACAAGAAGAAAGAUUAUAAAAUUUAAAUAAAAUUUAUUUAAUUAGGAUGUCAAAAUGGUGCUGAAAUUAUGGAAUUGGAACAUUAAUGGGAUGAAUGAUAGGAAAAAACGAAAUAAAAUUGGACAAUAUUUAAAAAAGGAAAAUUUGGACAUUAUAUGUUUACAAGAAACACAUGUGGCAAGAAGACAUAAAAGAGUUUUGAUCAGGAAAUGAAAGAUUAGGAAAUGAAUCUAUAUCGUCAGAUAAACACAAAAAGAGAGGGUUUGUAUUGUACAUAAGAAACAAAAUUGAAACUCAGCAAAUCUUUAAAGAUGAAGAAGGAAGAAUAAUUGCAGUCCAGAUCAAGUGGCAAGGCGAAAAAAUAAUAAUUGUCAGGAUCUAUGCACCAAAUGGAAAUAAGACUGAUUUUUACAAAAAUUUGGAAGAAAAACUGUUUGAUUAUAUGGACCAAAAAAUUAUAAUAAUGGGAGAUAGGAACGGAGUAGUGUCAAUGGAUAUGGACAGAUUGAGAGCAUCAGGGUUGAGUAAAGAGGGAAAACUACCAUAAACCUUUUUCUCAAUGAUAAAGAACUGUAAUUUAAUAGAUAUAUGGAGACUAAGACAUCCACUUGACAAACAGUUUACGUUCCAUUUGGAAUCAAAUCAGUCAAUGUCGAGAAUCAAAUCAGAUAUGGGUAUCUAACGAAUUGACUCCAAGAAUCAUAAAAGCUGAAAUUCACCCAAGAGUAAUUUCAGAUCACAAUCCAAUCAAAUGUGAAAUAAGAGGUUAUGAAGAAAGAACUUUCAGGUGGUGAAUUAACGAUUACCUUCUAGAUGAAAAAAUUUUAGAGGAAGCACGAAAGAAGUUGGAGUACUUUUCAAACAAUUGUAAUAAGGGUACAAAAAUGAAUGUAGUGUGGGACGCCAGCAAGGCGGUGAUGAGAGGAUUUUUUAUACACCAGAACUCAAUUAAAAAUAAAAGCAGAGAAAAAGGCAAGAAGAAAAUCUUAAAACAAAUAAUGGACAAUGAACAAAAAUUAAUCAAGAAACCAGAUAAUUUAAAAAUAAAACAGACCAUAAAAGCUCUGCAAACACAAUUUGCGAUGAUAAUAAACAAAGAGGUGGAAUGGAAUAUAAAAAAGCUGCGACAAAGAAACUUCGAGUUUGCAAACAAAUCAGGAAAAUGGCUGGCGUGGCAAAUUAAGAAAAGAAAGGAGCAGAAUACAAUAAAUAAAAUCAUCAUGGAAAGUGAAGAGAUAGUCAAUCCAAAGGGUAUUAGGAAAGGAUUCUUGGACUUUUACAGUCGUUUAUACAAUAACAAAGAGAAAAAUAAUAUGAGGAAAAUAGAAAGAUUCUUAAAAGAAAAAAAGGUGCAGUAGAUCCCGACAGAAAAGAAAGAAAGGCUGAACGCCCCUAUAGAAAUGGAAGAGGUUAAAGAAGUCAUAAAAGAGUUGAAAAAAGGGAAAGCUCCAGGACCAGAUGGAUUUACAGCAAGUUAUUAUAAGGAAAUGAGACACAUCCUGUCUACACCAUUGAGAGAAGUUAUGAAUAAUAUUCUUAAGGACAGAGAAAUGCCGGAGACGUGGAAAGAAGCUUUUAUUACACUUAUUCCAAAACAAGACUUGGAUUUGACUCAAGUUAAAAAUUAUAGGCCUAUUUCAUUGUUAAAUACGGACUAUAAAAUCUUUGCAAGUAUCUUAGCAAAGAGGUUGAAAAAGGUGUUACAAGAAGUUAUACAUAAAGAUCAAGCGGGUUUCCUUCCUGGCAGACAGAUGAAGGAUAAUAUAAGGAAUAUAGUCAAUCUGUUAGAAUAUCUGACAGCCAGGAAUGAGAAACAAGCAGUGUUAAUAUUUGUGGAUGCAGAAAAGGCCUUUGAUAAUAUAUCUUGGGACUUUAUGUUAAAAAAUUUAGAACACAUGGAGGUGGGGAAUGAAUUUUUUUAAUGGAAUAAAAGCGAUGUACACUGAACAAAGAGCUAAGCUGAUUGUAAACAAUAUGACUACGGAAGAAUUAAAAAUAUCAAAAGGUACGAGACAAGGAUGUCCUCUUUCACCAUUGUUAUUCAUAAUGGUUCUGGAGAUUUUCCUAAAUUCAAUAAGGAGAAAUGAAGCAAUAAAAGGUGUGUCAGUAGGCCGUAAUGAAUAUAAAGUAAAAGCCUUUGCUGAUGAUCUGGUAAUAACAGUGGAAGAACCGCCGGAAAGUUCAAAAGUUGUUUUGGAGGAAGUUGAACAAUUUGGUCAAGUGGCAGGGUUUAUAUUGAAUAAGAAAAAAACUAAAAUGUUAGCAAAAAAUAUGGAUCAAGGUAUGAUAGAAACAAUGCAACAACAAACAGGGAUAGAAGUGGUGAAAAAGUUAAAUACCUGGGAAUCUGGUUAACCCCCAAGAGUAUUGAUUUGUUUCAGAAUAAUUAUGUGCCAGUGUGGAAGGGAAUAAAGAAAGAUCUAGAGGUGUGGGGCCGAAUGAAGUUAUCCUUUCGGGGGAGAAUUUCAACGAUUAAGAUGAGUGUGCUGCCAAAGAUGUUAUUCUUAUUUCAGACAAUUCCAAUAAUUAAGGGGACAGCGAUAUUUAAAGAGUGGCAAAGAGCAAUUUCAAGAUAUAUCUGGCAGGGUAAGAAGCCAAGAAUUAUGUAUAAGUUAUUAACGGAUGCGAAAGAAAGAGGCGGCUUCGCCCUGCCAGACUUGAAAUUAUAUUAUGAAGCUUCAUGUCUCUGCUGGUUGAAAGAAUGGAUAAAGUUAAAAAAUACUGAGUUAUUGGACUUAGAAGGUUUUGAUAACAGAUUUGGCUGGCACGCAUAUCUAUGGUGUGAGAAAAGAAAGAUUCAUAAAGGUUUCGAAAACCUUUAGAAGAUCUCUCUUUAGAAGAUCUCUCUUUAGAAGAUCUCUCAUAGAAAUAUGGGAGAGAUAUAGAAGUUUAUUAGAAUCAAGAACUCCCCACUGGCCAUCUCCGUUAGAAGUUGUGAGUCUUAAGAAAGUCAAUAUGAGGGGGAACUGGAUUACAUAUAAAGAAUUGAUUAUAAAGGAAGGAGGAAAAUGGAAAAUGAAAUCCUAUGAAGAAGUGAAAGAGUAUGUGUAUGAUUGGUUGCAUUAUUAUCAGGUUAACGAAAUGUUUAAAAAGGACUUAAAAGAAAGAGGUUAUGAGGUAAAAGAAUCGAAAUUUCAAAUAGAAAUAAUAAACAAUGAAAAUAAAAUUUUGUCCAAGAUGUAUAAAAUCUUGCUAGAAUGGUAUACAAAAGAUGAGGAAGUUAAAUCGGUUAUGAUACACUGGGCCAGAGAUUUGGGUUAUAAUAUACAGUUUAAUGAUUGGAUAAAACUGUGGAAUGAAAAUAUAAAAUUUACGGCAUGUACUGCGUUAAAGGAAAAUGUUAUGAAAAUGAUUUAUAGAUGGUACAUCACACCUGUGAAACUGGCAAAAAUGUAUAAAACAUGUAAUAAGUGUUGGAAAUGUAAAGAAAAAGAAGGAACAUUUUAUCAUAUGUGGUGGGAUUGUAAGAAGGUGAAGGGCUUCUGGGAAAUGAUAUAUAAUGAGAUGAAAAAGAUGUUGAAAUAUACGUUUGUUAAGAAACCAGAGGCUUUUCUUCUAGGAAUAGUAGGAAAUGAAAUAAAUAGAAUGGACUGUAAACUUUUCCAAUAUGCAGUAACAGCAGCGAGAAUAUUAUUGGCCCAAAAAUGGAAACAGGAACAACUGCCGACGCUCGAAGAAUGGAGAAUGAAACUGAUGGAGUAUGCUGAACUGGACAAACUAACAGGAAAGAUCAGAUAUAUACGAGAUCAAAAGUUCAUUGAAGACUGGGGAAAAUUUUCAGACUAUCUGAAAUGUGUAUGUGAUGAGCAAAUAACGCUAGUGGGAUUUCAAGAAGUUCUGUAAAUGAUAGAGGACUAUUGUAUUGAUGAAAACUAAGUGUGUGAAGGUUUAUAAAAUGCAAUAUAAAAUUAGGAAAUGCGUAUUUUAAAAUUUGAAUAAUGGAUGAUUGUCAGAGAGGUUGAAGGAAGUCUAAAAGAGAAAAUAUGUGAUAAAUUUAGAUUGGAUACUAUAAAUGUAUGUUGGAAAAUUUAAUAAUUUUUUUUAAAAAAAAGGAAGUGAUGUCACUUUGGGGAGAUGCUACCUGUAUGCUCACCCCCAACUUCCUAUAAGUAGUGGUUGGCUGGCUGAGUGAGGGUGAAGAUGCUCACUGUAUGCAACAGAUAUAAUGGGAGUGUGUUCAUUGAUAGCUAAUACUACUUGAUAUUCUGGAUGCCUGAUGCCACAACAUGUUCUCUGCUCUCUGUGUUCACAGGCACCAUCUGUCUCCAACCCUUCUGUCACUUGUACUGGGGUUGCACUCGCGUGGCAUGUUUUGGUUGCUUGGCACCAUUCUGUGGUAGGUUGGCCCACUGUCUCGCUCCAGGAGUCUUUUUUUUUUUUUUUUUUUCUGUUGGCGGAAUUGCUAUUGACGGAAUUUUCUGAAAAACUCUUGAGGAAUUUGGGAGCACUGACCAUUAGAAGCUGAGACAAUUUGGCUCCCAGCAAUAUUAGCAAACACAUGAAAUUUCUCUUAAGCUGUUUGAUACAUACCUUGGUAAAUGUAAUCAACCUUAAAGUGUUUUUUCACAACCCGAGUUGGCCUUGGCGUAUUUUAAAACACAGUCCUGGUUGAGGCUGUAAUAUUUUACUAAACUCACCCUACGGAGAGAAGCCUCUGUCUCCUUGUGGAGGUUACUGGUUCAGACAAACUGUGCAGGAAGAGGUGGCUUACCAUAGACAGUGAUGCCUUUCUCCAGGUGGGAAAGAGCACUGCAAGUGAGAGGGUUGGAAGGAAGCAUUCCCGGAGCGUGCACUAAAAAAUAUUCUUGGAGCUGGCAACUUCUGCAGGCAGGUGGAGGCUUCUGGUCUCUGGGAAAUCGAGGCCCCUGAACAAAGCUAAAUUGUGCUCCCCAGAAGACCCUGAGAAGGGUAGAUUCAAGACUUGGGGUGUAGAGAACCAUGAAUGAGAUCCACGAUGGCUUCCAUUUGUAAUGUUCCAAUUUCUGUUCAUGCAUUCUAAGCUCUGUCUGACUAUGCUGCAAUGCACAAUCCCUAAUGUGGACUCCAGUGGCAUUCUUUUUGAGAACUUAAGAAUAGUCCUGCUGCAUCAGGCCAAUGGUCUGUCUGGUCCAUCUUGUUCUCAAUGUAGCCAUCCCAAUGCCUAUUGGAAGCCUGAAAGCAGGACGUGAGCACAACAGCACUCUCCCACUUGUGACUCCCAGCUACUGGCAUUCAGAGGCUUCCUGCUUCCAGUUGUGGAGGGAGAACAUAGCCAUUGUGGCUAGUAGCAGUUGAUAGACACUUUUUAGCCCUUGGUUGAGCAUGUUACCUUCUGCAGGAGGGGAUUCCCAUGCAUCCAGUUUCCAGCCCUUGACAUGGAAACUAAUACUUCUGAUUUCAAUGAAGCCAAUAUUCCAGUUCUGUGAGCUUGAAAUCAUGACCUCUAGGCAUUGAAGGUCAUCCUUGUGGUGAGAAAAGAGAAGACGCCUCUUGGGUAUUUCAGAGCAAAGAUAAUUUCCCCUCUCUUUUUAAUUUCCUUACAGAAAUAAAUCUUGGUGACAAGUGUUUAGAUGGCGUCCUUAAUGGCAAUAACUAUGAAUCGGAUAUUCUAAAGGUAUAUUCAGUUUUAAAGUAUAUCAGUUGAGAGAAUAUAGCUGCUUUAACCUAGUUUGCAGAAUACAUUUUUACUACUUUCCAUGGGGUGGGUGGGUUGGUCAAGUUGUUUAGUGCAUCUCUUUUACAUGCUGCUGACUACCCUUUUCUCUCAUCUGAGGAUUACCUGGCAUCCAGGGGUUUAACAUGGAAAAAUAUGUUAAACGAAAGUCUCCUAGCUCUUCAAAGAGGAGUUUUUAUUUUACCAGGUAAGCCCCAUCUUUUCUCUCUGACUUGAGCUUUCCAGAGGCAUAUCUUCCGUAUUGUGCGCUUUCAGGGAAGCAAAUUACACAUCCCCAUUUGUACCAACCCAAACUUGAUCCUAUCCUCUUCAGAAACCCUGCCCCACAACUAUCUCCACCAGGUGAAAUAGCUGUGGUUAACCUGCCAGAAGAGGCCUUUUCAGUGGUGGCACUCUGGUUAUGGGAUAGCCUUCCCAGAGAUGUUGGCCUGACACCAUCUUUGUGGUCCUUUCACCACCUUUCAGUUCACCAAGGCCUUUCAAAUAACUUACAGCAAGCAUAUGUACUCUUGACGAGUUAUUGCCUGUUUGGAAUAUUUCAUGAAAUGGCUUUUUUGGGCCCUGACUAUCUGCAACUCUGAUUCCCCUCUGCCCUCCAGAUUAUCGCAUUACUGGAGAAACUGUUCUCUGUUACUGUUGUGGCCUCCGCAGCUUCCGAGAGCUCGCUUAUCAGUACAGGCAGAAUAUUCCUGUUGCUGAAUUGCCAGGUAUGGAAAAACUGUAUUUGUUAUUAAUUCAUUCAUUCAUUCCCUACCUUUCCCCCCCACCCCCACCCCCCGGUUUAUAACAAAAGCCAACAAACAACAUUAGAAAUAAAUCAGUUUUAAAUAAAAUUGGAAGCAUUGGUUAAAUAAUUCUAUCUAUAUUUCCUGAGCGAUUCACUAGCCAGUCAGUCUGUGUUUUGAGAUGGCAAUUAGCUGUGUCACACCUACAAAAAGUUGCUACUGUUCUGAAGUUGGGAAGGGCAGGUAGAGGCAACAGUACUCUGAGCAGUUUUAUAUGGCUGAGGGCUGCCAGACCCCAACCCAUGUUCACAACUUUUCCCCUCGCAUAUGUGAGCUGGAAAGUAUGUCAUUUGUCCUCAUUGUAGAGAGAAUCUUUAAAUCUUAUACCAAAGGGCAAAAGAGACCUACAGUAAUUCUCUCCCAUUAUUUCUCUUCCACAAUACAAACGUUUUGGAGGACUAUUCAUUUUGUUCUGCAUUGGGACUAUAUUUAUGGUGUGUGUUAAAAUUCCAGGACAAGACUAUCCCAUGUGCAUAUGCAUCAGUAACAGCUUAGCAUGCACUAUGCUAGCAUUAAGUUUCAGUAUUUUAAAAUGCAUGUUGCUGUUGCUGUUGCUGUUUCUAUUAUAUCUUCUUAAAUUUCAAAAAUUUCCACCUAUACAUGUUGUUGUUUGGUUUGGUCCCCCAACUGAUAAUCUACUUACAUGGCUUUGCACUUGCUACCAAAUAAUUGUCCGCACCUUAUUUUAGAACAACAACGAUUGACUGAUUCGCCCACCCACUCGCCCUCAAAUCUCUCUGCUUUUAAUUAACGUCAAUUGUGCAUCAAAUGUGUUGGUGUUUUUUCUUACAGUGGCUGUCACGUCACGCCCUGAUUGCUAUUGGGGGCGCAAUUGCCGGACUCAGGUCAAAGCUCACCAUGCAAUGUGAGUUGCCCCCGCCCCUACCCUCACCCCCUGGAUACUUUUCUAUAGGAACUUAAAUCUCUGUGCAUUUCAGGGUCAGGGUAAUAGUUCCGCCAGAAAAAAACGCAUGCAUAACUUUUUCUAUACUUCUGAUGAGAGAUCAUUUUCCUCCAUGAUGCUAACUGUUACGCCAGCACUGGAAUUAUAUGCUCUGUGCACCUAAGCCCAGUCAGCAUUCUGGCAGCUGCAUUCUGGACCAACAGAAGUUUUAGAGUACUCUUCAAAGGCAGCCCUGUGUAGGUAUUAGAUAUUGGUUGCAUUCAAGAAUAGCACUAAACCCUGUUGCAAGAAUGAAACUAGCAUCUCCUUGGGCUUGCGUGCCUGCUCUCCUGUCCUCCAGUGCAGAGAUACAAAAAGGUGAUAGAAAGUUCCUGCCUUAGAUUAACCACAGCUUAUCAUGUCACUGAAACCCUAAACUGUGGUUAGUUUUAAAUGUGAUUAGUGGAAACAAGCCAACUUUGAAUUAAAGGUAAAGGUAAAGGACCCCUGACAGUUAAGUCCAGUCGUGAACGACUCUGGGGUUGCGGCGCUCAUCCCGCUUUACUGGCCGAGGGAGCCGACGUAUGUCCGCAGACAGUUUUUCUGGGUCAUGUGGCCAGCAUGACUAAGCUGCUUCUGGCAAAACCAGAGCAGCACACAUAAACGCUGUUUACCUUCCCGCCGGAGCAGUACCUAUUUAUCUACUUGCACUUUUUGGUGUGCUUUCGAACUGCUAGGUUGGCAGGAGCUGGGACCGUACAACGGGAGCUCACCCUGUCGUGGGGAUUUGAACCGCCGACCUGAUCGGCAAGCCCAAGAGGCUCAGUGGUUUAACUAAUCAUAGUUAACAUUAACCACAGUUUGCCUAGGUUUGGACUACAAAGCAAACUACAGGUAAACUCAUUCACAUAGCACAAUGCUAUGGUUUAGUAUUGCAUUCAAACCAGUGCAUUAUUUCAAAACAGCUAAUAAUUUGAAUUUAGUAUAUUUUAAUAUUAAUUUAUCAACAACAAAAACUUCCCAUCUAAUGUGGGAAGGAAACUUGACAGUGCUAGCUCACUUUGAAAAUUAUAAGAACAUGAGCUGCCCAGAAACCUGCCCAGGGGCUAUAAACAGUUUCAACAGUUCACAUGUGGGGUGGGGAGGAUAGUGUUUUUCUUUAAAUUUGACAUUAACCAUCCUAAAAAUGCUAGCCUUCACUUAAAAACAAAAGGUGGGGGGUAGCACUCAAGAUUAUAAAAUGGUGAGAUAGCUGGGAUUUGUUUGCUGGAAACUGUGUCCAGAAAUCGUAAGGUGAAUUUCGUUAAAAGUAGCUCAAAAACUCCCCCCCCCCCCGGAAGAAGAAGUUCAACAGCUUUGCCAAAAAAAUCAUAUCAACUGUUGUUUGCUUGUUUUCUAUUGUGUUUUUUUAAAUUUUAACUCAAGUCUUUUGUUGUUCCAGGAAAUUCAAUCACAUCUGUGAACAAACACGAUUCAAAAACUGA